AUGCACUUCAGCAGCUGCCUGUCAGCAGACGCUGUGGUCUUCAUGUCUCUGCAUCCAUCCAGUCAACCUUGGGCACGGCAAGAACAUAGUCUCAUAGAAGUCUUGCGCGGCCAGGUGCAUGAAGAGAUAAUGCGUUAUGACUGUGUGCUCGCCAAGUUUCUUAGCACCAACAGCAUCGAAUGGGAGGCCAUUGUUGCUGAGCACCGGGGGGACCUUACCCAAGGCUUUUUUCGUCAUCUCAACAAUAUGACAGAAGCAGGAGCAAGUGACCCUGAGACCCAGGAGAAGUUCAGGAACAUGGCGACUAUGGUGAUGGCCAUGGUUGAGAUGCACGACCAGGCUGGCAAGGACCAGCGGGCGAUGGAAUUGGCAGCAGACAGCUUGGCCGACAUUCUUCAGGCAGACAGCUUGGACGAGGCUGACCGGCGAAUGGAUGAACUUGCGGCGUCUGGGGGACUUGAUCCAGCCAUGAUGCUUACCAUGGCGAAGGCGUGGAUGUCAGUGAAGGAGUCUCCAUACACCAAAGACGAGGUCAAGGAGGUCAUGUUCCACCUGUACCUCAAGUCCAGGGAGACCGCGGCGGCCCAGCAGCCGCCGGAGGUGCGCAUCCUGAAGCACCUGCUGACGCUGCCGGAGGGCGCCGAGAUGCACGAGGGCAUCGAGGACGCCUUCACUGAGGGCGACCUGAGCGGCGACGAGGCGCUUGACUUCCUGACCACCAGCCCCGCGCGGCUGCUGCGGACGGUGGAGGCCGUGCUGAGCGCGUACCAGACGCAGAGGGGCAAGCACACGCUGCUGGGGGAGACGGCGGGCCUAAUGAACCCGGAGGUCAUACGGAAGCUGAAGUACAUCGAGGGGUACGUGAGGAAGCACUACACCUGA